AUGAAGGACGACUCGAAGACGCCUCUCAUGGCUGGCGGUCAUGCAGAGCUCACCCAGCAGAAGGUAGCUAACGGCUCGGGUCCCGUUUGCAAGCCGCACUCGAAGCGAAAGAGAGCCAGGUCGUGGCUUCGACGGGUCAAAGACGUCUGCUUAAAACAUACCUGGGUCCUGCCUCUCGCUCUCCUCGCCAUUCUCCUCGCCGCAUACGCCGUCAACCCGACAGAAUCCAACCCGAUACACUAUGGCAUAUUCCUCUCCUAUCCGUUGCCUCCGGAGACACCGGGCGGCCCAGUACUGUACGGCAAGGGGAAGCUCGAUAUCGCCUUUGUGGCAUUCUACACCAUUGCGCUCUCGUUUACUCGUGAGUUCUUGAUGCAAUGCGUUAUUCGGCCGUGGGCUCUAUAUGCCGGGAUCAAGGGCCGUUCGAAGAUCACCCGGUUUAUGGAACAGGUGUAUACGGCCAUGUACUUCAGUGUCUUCGGGCCGUAUGGGUUGUAUGUCAUGAAGCAGACGAAUAUCUGGUACUUCAACACUACGGCCAUGUUUGAGAAUUUCCCGCAUAAAUCGCAUACAGCGGACUUCAAGGCAUAUUACCUCCUCGAAGCCGCAUAUUGGGCUCAGCAAGGAAUUGUGCUGUUGCUUAAACUAGAGAAGCCUAGGAGAGACUUCAAGGAGUUGGUUGGGCAUCAUAUCAUCACUCUCGCACUCAUUGCGCUGAGCUACCGGUUCCACUUCACUUAUAUCGGUCUCGCCGUCUACAUCACACAUGACAUCUCUGAUUUUUUCCUUGCUGUGAGUUUCCUACUCCACCGAUUCCCCCUUUUUUUAUAUGCUUUUUUUUUAUUUUAUUUUUAUUUUUUUUUUUUUUUUGGCUUUGAAUUUGCAACUAACGGCCUACAGACGUCGAAAACGCUCAAUUACCUGGACUCGCCGAUCAUAACCCCAUUCUUCGCCCUUUUCGUUGCCGUCUGGGUUUACAUGAGGCACUACCUUAACCUCCACAUUCUCUGGGCCGUCCUGACAGAGUUCCGAACCGUUGGGCCUUUCGAACUCAACUGGGAGACCGAACAGUACAAGUUCUGGGUUAGCCAGUACAUCACAUUUGGUCUCCUGGGUUCUCUUCAGGCUAUCAAUCUAUUCUGGCUCUACCUUAUCAUCCGCAUUGCCAAGACCUAUGUCUUUGGCAACGCACUGCAGGACGAGCGAAGUGACAACGAAGAAGAAGACGACGAGAUUGAAGAAUCAAGUACGACCGGCGAAGCGAAUGGAGUUCCCAUUCCAACCCUCCUCGUCAACGGCCAUGCUACGAAGGAGAACCUCGAUCCAAUUGAGAACGGAUCAUCUACAGGACUAUUGACUAACGGAAAUUCAAACGGUGCCGCCACGAAACGCAAAUGA